AUGGCCAUUCAACCAGUUCCAACCUCGACUCAAAUACUUGUUGUUGGUGGCGGACCCGCCGGAAGUUACGCUGCUGCGGCUUUGGCUCGAGAAGGUUUUGAAGUUACUCUUCUCGAAGCUGCGAAGUUCCCUCGUUAUCACAUCGGCGAGAGCUUGCUCCCGUCGGUCCGCCGUUUCUUGGCAUUUAUUGGUGCGGAGGAAUUGGUCAUGAACCACGGGUUCACAGUUAAGCCUGGUGCUGCAGUCAAGCUGAACCAGUACAAGCGGGAAGGCUAUACGGAUUUUAUAGCAAUGAACCCAGCCAAUGGGUGUUGGAACGUGAUUCGAUCAGAAUUUGACGAUUUGUUAUUGCGCCAUGCUUCAAAAUGUGGCGCGAUCGUAUUCGACAACACAAGGGUCACUGAACUUCAGUUCGAGGGUGACAGACCUGUUUCAGCCAACUGGAAAAACACCAGCACCGGAAUAGAGGGCCGUAUCUCUUUCGACUAUCUAGUCGAUGCGUCAGGCAGGAAUGGGAUCAUGUCCACAAAGUACCUCAAGAACAGACGCUAUAAUCAAGCCCUCAACAACGUUGCAUGCUGGGGAUACUGGGAUGGAACUAACUCUUACAUGCCGGGUACUACUCGCGACAAUGCUGUCUGGAUUGAAGCACUUGAAGACGAGUCUGGAUGGGCUUGGUUCAUCCCUCUUCACGAUGGAUCCACAUCUGUGGGAAUCGUGAUUGAUCAAGAGUCAAGCAACCGCAAGAAGAAGGCUUCCCGUGCGGCAUCAGGAGGAUCUGGCUCAAAUCUCCUGGCUCAUUAUAAGGAAGAAUUAAGGAGAGCUCCUGGAGCCAUCGAAUUGAUCGGAAAGGGCACUCUCCGAAACGAUGGCACACCGGAAGCUGUGAAAUCUGCGAGCGACUUCAGCUACUCUGCUUCCUCCUAUGCUGGGAAUCAUUUCCGCGUGGCGGGGGAUUCUGGAGCAUUCAUCGACCCAUUCUUCUCAUCUGGAGUCCAUUUGGCUUUCACAGGAGGACUUUCGGCUGCUCUUACAAUUGCUGCGUCGAUUCGAGGACUAACCAGCGAAGAGGAUGCCCAACGUUGGCACACCUCAAAGGUUGGCAGCUCUUACACGAGGUUCCUUCUCGUCGUCCUUGGGACCUAUAAACAGAUUCGGAGUCAGGCCAUGCCAGUCAUGAGCGAUGUGGAUGAGGACAAUUUUGACAAAGCCUUUGAUAUCCUCAGACCGGUGAUACAAGGAACAGCAGAUGUUGGUAAGACUUUAACAGAAGAUGAACUCCAGAAAACUAUGGACUUCUGUCGUCACAUCUUUGCACCGACUGAUCCAGAGAUGCACUCUGCAGUCAAAUCUAGAUUGGAUCCUACUCUAACCUCCCCAGACGCCCCAAUCAUGAUAGAGGACGACAUUGAUCGUUUGCUCGGAAAUACCGAUGAAGAAGCCAAGACCGUUUUGAGUGAGAUCAACGCGCGAAAGCCCAUUCAUACGAUGUACAACCCUACGGAGUAUUUUGCCGCGGAGGAACACCUUGGUUUCAAAGCUGUCUUAGAACGAGGCAAAUUGGGUUUGGUGACAGCGUAG